AUGGAGGUUAAAGCUUCUACAGCCCUGAAGAAAACUACAGCUCCUCCAAAGGACCUUGAGGUAACAUUUGCACAUCUAGAGCAGGUUCAGGUUCAGCAUUCAACCUUGAAUAAGGCCAAAACUCAACAUUUGGACCUGGGGCUUACUAUAACUCCAGAAUUCAAUAAGGAGAUUGAACUUCCUCUACCUAUGCAGGAGACUCCAAUUCAGCCUCCAAAGCCACCUGAGGAGGUUAUCGGAGCUCAACCUCCAGUAUAUCAGGAGCAGACUGUUCUGACACCAGGUCAGAAUCAAGCUCAGCGUUCAUCACUCCCCAAUAUAACAGUUCGACCUUUGGACCUGGAGCUUACCAUAACUCCAGAGCCCACUGUGGAGGUUAAAACUUCUACAGUCCUGAAGAAAACUACAGCUCCUCCGAAGGACCUUGAGGUGACAUUUCCACAUUCAGAGCACAUUCAGCAUCCAACCUUAACUAAAGUCACAGUUAAACCUUUGGACCCAGGGCUUACCAUAACUCCAGAAUCCACUACAGAGACUGAACCUUCUCUAACCAUGCAAGAGACCCCAGCCCAGCCUCCAGAGCCACCUAAGGAGGUUGUUCAGUAUCCAUCCCAACAGGAAGUGACAGUUCCUACUCCAAGUAAGGAUCAAGGUCAGCAACCAACAUUGCCCAGUGUCACAGCUCAUCAUGUGGACUUGGGGCUUACCAUAACUCCAGAACCUACUACAGAGGCUGAACAUUCUACACCCAUGAAGGAGACUACAGCUCCUCCUCCAAAGGACCUUGAGGUGACACUUGCACAUCCAGAGCAGGUUCAGAGUCAGCAUCCAAACCUGACUGAAGUCACAGUUCCACCUAUGGACCUGGAACUUACUGUAACUGCAGGAUCCAGUGUGGAGACUGAACCUUCUCCAACCAUGCGAGACACCCCAACUCAGCCUCCAGAGCCACCUAAGGAGGUUGUAGUUCAGUAUCCAUUCCAGCAGGAAGUGACAGUUCCAACUCCAAGUAAGGAUCAAGGUCAGCAUCCAGCAUCACCCAUCAUCUCAUUUCGUCAUGUGGGGCUUACUAUAACUCCAGAACCUAUUACAGAGGCUGAACAUUCGACAACCCUGAAGAAGACUACAACUCCUCCCCCAAAGGACCUUGAGGUGACACUUGCACAUCCAAAACAGGUUCAGAGGCAACAUCGAAACCUGACUGAAGUCACGGUUCCACCUAUGGACCUAGAAAUUCCUGUAAGUCAGCAACCAGAGUCAUUUGAGACAGGUUUUCCUCCAACAACUCAACAUCCUGUGGUGCAUUUUGUAAACUAUACCUCAGAAAAGGCAUACACAACUUUAACUUGGCAACCAGAACAGAAUGCCACCACAAACCUCAAAAUAUGUGAGCUCUGUACCUGCAAAGGUGAGACACUGUCGUGUGUUGGUCUCAGCAUACAGCAGAGGCUCCGCAGAGUGCCCGUGCUGGAGCCCGACACCUACAACGGCACCUUCACCAUCUUAAAUUUCCAAGGAAACUCUAUUUCUCACAUUGAUAAAAAUGUAUGGAAGGGAUACCGUUGGGCUGAGAAACUAAUUCUCCGUGACAAUUAUCUGACCGAAUUACGUAAAGACACAUUUGAAGGCCUGCUAUCCCUCCAGUAUUUAAAUCUUGGUUGCAAUUUACUCACCGAACUGAGCUUUGGAACAUUUCAGGCCUGGCAUGGAAUGCCGUUUUUACACAAGCUAAUUAUCAGUCGUAACCCUCUGUCAACUGUUGAAGAUUCCUAUCUUUUUAAGUUGCCAGCAUUAAAAUAUUUAGACAUGGGAUCAACACAGGUGUCACUUACAACAGUUGAGAGCAUCCUCAUGAUGACCCUUGAAUUGGAAACACUGAUUUUACCUAGCCGUAUGGCCUGCUGUCUCUGCCAAUUUAAAAAUACUGUUGAG